AUGGAGUUCCUCAAAUCUCUGUCUGAACUGUUCUCUCAAACCAUUUCAAUUCAGCCAUCUUCAGUAGAAUUUGUAGAAGCUGCACUUACCAGUACAACUGGCCCCUGUGCACUCUCUUAUUAUGAUCCAGAUCAAAUCUGCUUGAUUCGAAGACACAUGAUUUCUCUCCUCCAAGAUUACCCUUCUUUCAAACCUUCCAUGGAAGCUUUUAUACACAACAAUGGCUCCACUGUGAACCUUCUGACAGCAAACGGUGAGCUGCACGUCUCUUCCUCAGUCCCAGCUGUUCCCCUUAAGGUUUUGGUGCAUGAAAAUUACCCUCAAAUGGCUCCUAUUGUCUACGUUGUACUGAACUCUACUUGUCCGGUUUAUCAGAACCAUCCUUUUGUUGAUUCUGGAUCUGGUGCUACAACGUGUUCUUACCUCGAGAACUGGCUCUAUCCUGGCUGCAAUCUGUCAGGCCUUGUGCGCAAUUUGGUUAAGCUGUUCUCGCACUAUCAUCCUUUCUGUUACUCCCCAUCUUCCGGUUUGGCUCAUCCCAAUCUGUUCUCAAAGAGGGAGGCCAUGGACCGGCUUGUGUGUUCCCUUUACUACGACGUGAUGAACUUUAGUUCCACGGCUGAGAAGGAGAUAGCAGAGCUCUCAGACAUUCAAGUCGAGAUGGCAAAGCGGGCAGAGAUGGUAACCAGCAUGGCGAUUGAACAUGAACGGGAAAGAAUAAGUUUGAGGCGACUUGUGAAGAAUAUGACAGAUGAAGCGGAUAAGCUGUUGAACUGGUUGAAGGUUCACGAUGAAAGGCGUUUUGCUGCUGUGAUCGGGGAUGAUGCGAUUGUUGAUGCUUUUGAAGGUGUUGAUGAGAGGUCUAAGAGAGUCAUUGAUUGUCUGGCUGGGGAAAUGGCCAUGGAGGAUUCCAUUGAUGCCCUAGACAAGGCACUUGAGCUUGGGGUGGUGCCUUCUGGUCAGUAUAUUAAGCAGGUCAGGAGUUUGGCAAGGGACCAGUUUGUGUACCGGGCCAAGUUGCAGAAACUCGGAAGUUUGUCAGAAUUAAACAAUUACCACUACACCAAAGACUAUAACCUAUAGUGGAGACGUAACUUUGUUUUCAUGUAACAAAUAAUGCGUCAAAUCUCCAGUG